AUGACAAGUCGCGAUGGCCCAGACACGCGCAAAACGCGACGCAACAACACCUUCCACCCAGCUCGUGAGCCCGUGAGACACGGGGAUGGCCUGCGUCUCGAACAUGAUCGCGUCACUGGUCCGAUAACGUUCCUCAACCCUACGCGAGCGCAUUACCGCCACGACCAGCGUCCUGAUGUGCGGUACAAAUGGACUUCUCGGAAUGACCGCAAAGGACGACAUGCAGUAGACAUUGAACCCAAACAGGUCACCGCUUCGACAAAGCACGAUACCCCACGCCCAACUACCUCCCCUCGUAGUGUUGCACGCAACAUCUGGCGCAUGUUCACGUACUUUCCGAUAUGGGACGUGUCGUUCGACGUUGCCUUUGUCUUCACGAUAGGCAGUGUGAUAUGGAUAUUCAACGCCUUCUUCGUAUAUCUGCCCUUGGUGCGACCGGGUUCUGAAUUCGCGAAUGAGGAAUUGUAUGGUGGGGGCAUAACCGCGUUUGUCGGAGUGACUGUUUUCGAAGUGGGGUCGUUCCUGCUCGUGGCAGAAGCUGUGAAUGAGGGUAGAUCGGGAUGCUUCGGAUGGGCAGUAGAGCAGGUUCUAUCGCAUGAAGAGGAGGGUGGAGAACGCGUAGCACUGCGCCCGUCAAAGUCGCAUUGCACACACCACCACAACAAACAGAUGUCCGUCGAUACCCGGCAAUUUACACAAUCAAAGUCCGAUUUGGCCUCCCAAGAGCGUUUGUGGGUAUGGUGGCCGUCAAAUGAAGAACUACGGACCCACUACAUCCACAAUCUCGGAUUCAUAGCUUCCUUCUCCCAGCUGCUCGGUGCAACAAUCUUCUGGGUCGCGGGUCUGACAGCGCUACCGGGCAUUUACAAUCGCAUGUCGCAGACGCUCACCAUCGUCUUUUACUGGACUCCUCAAGUUCUUGGCGGUCUAGGUUUCGUCAUUUCCGGCGCCCUCUUCAUGAUCGAGACACAGUCCAAGUGGUGGAAGCCGGCACCUCGGACACUCGGUUGGUGGGUCGGCGCCUGGAAUCUCGUAGGAGGUGUAGGCUUCACUUUGUGUCCGGCUUUUGGGUACGAUAGUAGGAGUUGGGCGCAAUAUCAGGCUUCUCUUAGCACCUUUUGGGGUAGUUGGGCUUUCAUGGUAGGGAGCACGCUUCAAUGGUACGAGAGCCUGGAGAAGUACCCUGUGGCAGUUGACAGUACCAGAUAG